ACAGGCGCAGGGAGCAGUAAUUCCGACACGAUGCCGUUGAUGCCGCCUCGCGCAGCCAUGGUGGGCACAAACUCGGCAGCCGGAGACGACGCCCACAACGGAAGCCCGACGAUGCUGGAUCGGAAACGCAAAGACAAGGCUCGCGACAUAUCCAAUAGCUCUUCCGGCACGGCCAGAGGGUCAAGUCCCCACGGCCAGCAGCAGCAGCAGCAGCAGCAAUCAGAUUCAGCCUCAGCAAGCCUUCUCCGCGAAAAGGACGAGCGCAUCACCUACCUCGAGAACGAAAUGGGCAUCAUGGAAAGAGAGUUCCACCAAGAACUAGACCGACUAAGCCAGACAGAGAGCGAAACCGCAACCUUUUGGCAGGGCAAACAUUCCGCGCUGAACCAGCAGUAUCUACGCACAGAUACCGAGCUGAGGCUGCUGCGGGCCGAAGUCGACGUCCGCGAGGCAGAGCGGGAAGAACUACGGCAAGGAGUCGAAGUCCUGCGGCGGGAGCUGCAGGAAAAGGACGACGAGAUCAGAAGACUCCGGGGCCAGGUCAGAGGGCUAAAGGAGUUUGUCAGCACGAGCACGAGAACGGACGACCAGACGAGCGAUGAGGUCUUUGGCGACGGCAUGACCAAGCUGGGCAACGGCUUGCAGAAUUGGGUCAUUACCAAUUUUCGAAAAGCAAAACUAGACCUAUCCCAGGCCAGCGACUCUACGCUCGCAGAACUCGGCCACCUCGUGCCCAUGUACGACGAGCUAAUCCACACGUCCAAAGUCCACCUCUUGCAGUCCAUCGUCUCGAGCAUCCUCGUCGAAAUGGUCUUCAACGCCUACUACGUGGGUCUCUCAGAAGAAGAUACACGGCACUUUCAACAGAUGGAGCAAUUACUCACCUUUCUAUGCUCCUCAACCGACCCCGUCAACCAAUGGCGCUCAUCCGCCCUGGCCCUCCUCCGCCGCGAGGCACACCACCUCCACGACAACACAGACACCUUUGCCGAGGCCGUCAUAUCCCGAAUCACCCAGCUCCUCGACAGCAUCAUCACAUCCUCUCCGCCUUCAGCCUCGGCCUCUACUUCAAAUUCAUCUUCCACCGCCCGAGACUCUGCUCUCCGGGUCCUAGUCAAAAACUCCAUCGAGCUAGCCCGCCUGCUCGUCGUGCAAAAGGCCCGGCUGCGGGUCUACAUGCCCUCCAUCUUACCCCAUCAGCAAGUCCUUUUCGAGCCAGACACCAUGGAAGACAUUGGCGGGGAGGAAGACGAGGAGAACCUGGCUAGCCGGGAAAUUAACUGCGUCGUUUUCCCCGGCGUCAUCAAGCACGGGGACGAAAACGGGGGCCACAUGCAGUACCGCAACGUCAUUGUCAAGGCGAGGGUAUUGUGUAGUCCGGAAGAAUAG